GUUUACCUUGGCCAUGUGAGAGAGCCUCUGUGAGAAGAGAAACAAACGGCGAUUUGCUUUAAUAUGUCAAGUUAUAUAUCAGAUCCACGUUUGAUUCCAAGGAUACGCGAAUUUCUUCAGUCAAAGAAAUCAGGAACAUUUACAAGUGUUGUAUAUCUUUCAGAGGAACUACAGAGAAAAUACAGCGAAUAUGCCAGAAGAAAAAAGAAUGUAUUUGUGAAAUUGGUAGGCAAAGCCUAUGGUAUAAUAUUGCAAGAAGAGAAAGACAGAGGUCAAAUGAAUCAUAUUGAUGAUCUUGAAACAAAAUACCUGAAAAAGAGACAGAAGAAGAACGACAUUGAGGCUAUAGAUUCUGAGAGUGAUUCAGCCAGUUUUUCCUCCGAUAACAGCUCAUAUGUACAGUAUGAGGAUAAGAACUCUAUUAAUAAUAUGAUGACAAAUAUGUAUAAGAAAACAUCAACACCUAACAGAACAGCUGAUCAUAACCAGAAAUCUACAACUAAACUGUUCCUUAUAGACAAAACAGGAGACAGGCCAGAACAUUUACAAAGUACAUCUAAUAACUCAACUAAGAAUUCUGACAUAUUGCUUGAUAAUUUGGGAGAAAAAACAGACAGUAAAUCAGAUGUUGUUGUCAUUGGUGACGAUGGUGACUUUUGUGACGAUAGUGUAGAUCUAGCACAGGAACCAGACAGACAGAGUAGACCAGGCUCUGUAGUUAGUGUAGAUUUAGCACAGGAAUCUGACAGACAGAGUAGACCCAGCUCUAUUGUUAAUGAAUCCAUUGGAAACAAAAGAUCAUUAAAGAAAUCAAGUGCCACACCCAAAAAGAAAAGGAAAAGACAGGACAAUGAAGAAAAGGAGAAAAAAGGUCCAGAUGUACAGAAAUCUACAGUUACAUUUGCUGAUAUUGGAGGCAAUGAUGACAAACUUGUGGAAAUAUGUAAAUUGUUGGUACACAUGAGACACCCAGAGAUAUAUCAACAACUGGGAGUAACUCCACCUCGUGGAUUUUUAUUACAUGGUCCUCCAGGAUGUGGUAAAACACUCUUAGCUCAUGCCAUUGCUGGGGAAUUGAGUCUUUCAUUUAUCAAGAUAGCAGCAACAGAAAUAGUGUCUGGAGUAUCUGGUGAUUCUGAAGAGAAAAUACGAGAUUUAUUUGAUAGUGCAGUGGCUGCUGCACCAUGUGUGUUGUUUAUAGAUGAGAUAGAUGCCAUAACACCAAAGAGAGAAACUGCUUCUAAAGACAUGGAAAGAAGGAUUGUGGCUCAGUUACUGUCUUGUAUGGAUGAUUUGAGUUCUAAGACAGACUUGCAUGUAUUAGUGAUAGGAGCUACUAACAGACCUGAUUCAUUAGAUCCUGCUUUACGAAGAGCUGGGAGAUUUGAUAAAGAAAUCUGUCUCGGUAUUCCUGAUGAAUCAUCUAGAGAAAGGAUUUUAAGAGUAUUGUGCAGAAAUUUAAAACUGGUAGAAAAUUUUGAUUAUAAAUUUCUAGCUAGAAAUACUCCAGGUUAUGUUGGAGCUGACUUGACAUCUCUGACAAGGGAAGCUGCCAUGGUUGCUGUUAAUAGGGUGUUCAGUGACUUGCAGAAAAGCCUAUUAACAAAUCCUGUCGAACUUAAAACAGAUUCAGCUAUAUCAGUAGUUCCUGUUAUCUCAACUGACCAAACUGGUGGUGAUACAGUCAAUAGUACAGUUAAUGGUAAAUCAGCAAGUGACCAUAGGGUAUCUGAUACUCCUGAAGAUAUGGAAACAGAAACAAGCAGCAUUUGUAUAGAAGAUAAAGCUAAAGAUGUAAAUUUCAAGUCAUUAACACUUAUAGAUGCAUUAUCAUGGCUUAAAGAAUUCCCACCAUUAACCAAUGAACAGUUACAGACUUUGAAUAUAAAUCUGCAAGAUUUUGAGGCAACUUUAAAACAUGUGCAGCCUUCUGCCAAAAGAGAAGGAUUUGCUACAAUACCAGAUGUUACAUGGGAUGAUAUAGGUGCUCUUCAUGCUGUUAGAGAAGAUCUACAAUUAGCUAUUUUGGCACCAGUUAGACAUCCAGAAGCAUUUAAAGAUCUAGGUUUAUCUAAAGCUCAGGGAAUACUGUUGGCAGGACCACCUGGAUGUGGAAAAACUUUACUGGCAAAGGCAGUAGCAAAUGAAUCUGGAAUCAACUUUAUAUCAGUGAAGGGACCUGAGUUAUUAAACAUGUAUGUAGGAGAAAGUGAGAGAGCAGUCAGACAGGUAUUCCAGAGGGCCAGGAAUUCAUCACCAUGUGUCAUAUUCUUUGAUGAAUUAGAUGCUUUAUGUCCAAGAAGGUCUGACUCUGGAGAGGGUGGAUCAAGUGUUAGAGUUGUAAACCAGCUGUUAACAGAAAUGGAUGGAUUAGAGGAGAGGAAGAGUGUAUUUAUAAUGGGUGCUACUAAUAGACCUGAUAUAAUAGACCCAGCCAUUUUAAGGCCAGGCAGGUUAGAUAAGACAUUGUAUGUAGGAUUGCCUUGUCCUGAUGACAGAUUAGAUAUACUCAGAACCAUUACAAAGAAUGGAACAAGACCCAAACUUUCAACGGAUGUAGAUUUAGAAUCCUUAGCUAAAGAUGAAAGAUGUAAUUGUUUUACUGGAGCAGAUCUUGCAGCCUUAGUUAGAGAAGCUUCAAUGUCUGCUUUAAAAGUUAUGAUAUCUAGUCAGGAUACAAGUAUAAUAGAAGUAAACAAGGAGCAUUUCAAUACAGCAUUCACAAGAGUCAGACCCUCUGUGUCACAAAAAGAACAACUAAAGUAUGCAAAGUUAAAGGAACAGUUACAGAAUGGAUGAUAUCAAAUAAAAUUAAAUCUUAAAUACUGUGUAAAUUAAAAGCCCUAAGAAGUUUACAGAGCCCUUCAUAUUGGCCAGUGAAAAGAAAAUUGUGCAAUAUGGUCUUUAACAAGGUUAACAAUCCCAGGACCAAUUUUAAUCUUGAUGCAUAAAAUAACAGGAUGAUGCUACUAGAAAAAUAAAUGUUUAAAGCCAUAA